UGGAGGCAGAGAGGACUCACCUGGCUAACGUGAUGUUGACAAUGAUGCGAGCGAUCAUGUGGAACAAUACGAUGUUAGCGGUACAAAUACACAAAGGCAGACAACUGCAACAGAUUCAGCAGAAGGAUUCUGCAGCCUUGUCAGCAGCUGUUCGCACUACCACCACACAUCAGCAAAAACAGCAACAGCUGUGGAACACCACCACCGCACGCGUCAGCAGCAUCGAGGCUAAGGCCGCAGCAGCGCCAGGCUGCACGACAGACGAGACGAAGCAACUCAACGGGCGCAUCGAUCACGUAGUCAAGCUCAUCGGCGACAGAGGUGUUUUCAAUGGGCCGGACACGAUCAGUAGCACGGUAGCCGCCAUCAAGACGGACAUCACCAUGCUACAGACGAGACCGGACACCGCGACGAAGAGUUACAAGAUGCCACACUUCGACAUCAACAAGACGGACGCCUUGGCAUGGUGGCAACAUUUCCUUACAGAAGCAUCCUGCCGCACUGUCCCAGACGACUACAUGAUGAAGGCGCUAUACUUACAGCUGAUUGGCGGAGCACAGGCAUGGAUGAACCACCUGGCGGCUACCCACACAUGCGCCAUCGCCGAACUUCACACGCACAUCACGUGGAAGGAGUUCGAGCAGCUAUGGUUCACCCGGUUCAUGGUCCGCAACGUCGUGAAGGCGGCCAUGAACGAGGUGUACACCUGCUCUCAAGGAAGUAUGCCAACUCGAGACUGGACAACCAAGUGGCAGCAGAUAGUGACCACGCCAGGCUUCGAUUUGACUUUUUCAAAUCAACGAUCCGAGUUCUUCUCGCGAUCGUGCGCAUGAUUGCGGUCGGCACUCGGCAAUGAGUACGACUAUGCCUCGUUCCAGGCCAUCCUGGAUCGCGCAAACCUGGUC